AGUGAUUUCUGUGCCGGUUAAGCUAACCUUGACACCCCCGGCACAGACGCACAGUUAGUACGGACCUGCUCGGUUGCUCGAGCGAUGACGCUUCAGUCUCAACGGUUUAUUUUAGCUCCGGCAUUUUUCCUGCCCGCGUUUGCGUUUUCCCCGAUGUAACACGCGUUGUGUGCGCGAGCUACGGCCUUCCAAAUCCGCCGAAAUGUGGACACCAGUCGCCCUGUCUGCGUAUCUUCGCACCCGCAUGCCGCUUCUUUCGCUGUCUACCGCCGCAUUUAGAUGUAUUUUGAAUCCCCCGUUUCCUCCAGUGACCCAUGUCUGUGUGCAUCCCGCCUCCCUGCGCUCUCAAUAGAUGGUGCAAGUCAAAAUGUCCAAAUCGCCCGUAGACCCUCUGUCUGCUGUGGAAACCGGCUCUCAGUCGCACUAUUUUCAGCUGCCCAGGAAGUUGCCUAAAAGGAAAAGCCGCUUCAAACGCUCAGAUGGCAGCACGUCUUCUGACACAACAUCCAGCUUCAUCAAACGUCAGGGGUCGGCUGAUUCGUACACCAGUAGACCGUCGGAUUCAGACCUGUCAGCAGAGGAGGACCGCGAGGCGUAUCGGCGUGAAGCCGAGCGCCAGGCACAACUGCAGCUCGACAGAGCUAAGUCCAAACCUGUAGCGUUUGCGGUAAAGACAAAUGUGAGUUACUGUGGAGCUCUGGAUGAGGACUGUCCUGUCCAAGGGGCUGCAGUCAAUUUUGAUGCCAAAGACUUCCUGCACAUCAAAGAAAAGUACAAUAAUGACUGGUGGAUCGGUCGGCUGGUAAAGGAGGGAGCAGAUAUCACUUUCAUCCCCAGCCCUCUACGACUGGAGGCCAUGAGACUCAAACAGGAGCAGAAACAGAGGAAAACAGGGGGCAACUCCUCUAGUUUAGGAGAUAUGGUGACUGGGAGCUGGAGGACCACACCGCCAUCUGCAGGUGAAUCCAAACAGAAGCAAAAACAGGAACAUGUCCCUCCCUACGAUGUGGUGCCCUCUAUGAGGCCGGUGGUCCUCGUGGGACCAUCGCUGAAGGGCUAUGAGGUCACAGAUAUGAUGCAGAAAGCUCUUUUUGACUUCCUGAAACACAGAUUUGAGGGAAGAAUCUCAAUCACCCGUGUAACUGCCGACCUGUCUUUAGCCAAGAGAUCGGUCCUCAACAAAAGACCCAUAAUGGAGAGAUCCAACACUCGCUCCAGCCUAGCGGAGGUUCAGAGUGAGAUUGAGAGGAUAUUUGAGCUCGCCAAAACCCUGCAGCUGGUGGUUCUGGACGCGGACACCAUCAACCAUCCUGCACAGCUCGCCAAAACCUCCCUCGCCCCCAUCAUUGUCUACGUUAAAGUUUCCUCACCAAAGGUGCUCCAGAGGCUGAUCAAAUCCAGGGGAAAGUCUCAGAGCAAGCACCUGAAUGUGCAGAUGAUGGCUGCAGACAAACUCUCUCAAUGUCCCCCGGAUAUGUUUGAUGUCAUUUUGGAUGAGAACCAGCUGGAAGAUGCUUGCGAGCAUUUGGCUGAAUACCUGGAGAUUUACUGGCGUGCCACUCACCUCCCAGGGAACACUCCUCUGAAUCCCUUAUUGGAGCAGAGUCUGAUGACCCCACCUUCCGCCAUCUCUAGCCUACAGAACCAGAACAAGAACCAGCCGCAGCCUCGUGAGGCGGUGGGCUUGGAGGGUGACGAGGAGGAAGAGGCGGGUGAGGAGGCCCACUCCCCCUUGGAGCAGGACAGUCUUAUGCCGUCUGACGAGGCCAGCGACUCCCUGUCUCGCAGCCGCAGGGGGAGCCCAUGCCACAGGGGGGGAGGGCAGGAAGAGGAGGAAGAGGAAGAGGAGGAAGAAGAGGAGGAUGAGUACGCCUCCCCAUGCCAUUCUCGCACAUACAGGGACAUGUACCCGCCUCACCGUGGGCACGUGGGCAGUGCCCACAGUGCCAACGGGCACGAGUCACAGGACAGGCUGCUCCAACGCGAGGCUCAGCAAGGUCACAACCAGAGGAACAACCGCCAGCGCAGCCGCCACUGGCCCCGAGACACCUACUGAGGAACAAAGGCCCCCCCAACCCAUCCUCCCUUAGCGUCCAGAUCAGCAUCGAGAUCACCCUGAGCCCUCUGACAGUCGAACAGUCCCGAACACACAUUUAGAGACGAAAAAAACAAAACAUUCCCAAAAUCAGCUCCAGACUUUAACAUCAAUCAGAAACAGACACAGCAGACAACUGUAGGUGUCAAGUAUUUACAAUCUCUCUCUUCCAGACUCCCCGUGUCAAUUUAUCUAAACCGAUGGGAUGCAAUGACCUCUCCAGGGUCAGGUCAUCCAGAUAAAAGUCAACAGGGCUACUCACCUUUGCCAUGGAAAGGUCUCUGGCUACCAGCUGUACGCAAACUCAAACUUUAGCUGCUUUGCCUAAGGUUUCUCUAUUGUAGGAUGUCUCAUAUAUUGGCCUUAAAAUUCCUAAGACUUUUAACUAUCAUUGAUAUUGCAUGUAUGAGUAUAAUUAUUUUAAGGCUAUUUGCACAUUUACGUCAGAACAUGAACUGAAUGAUCUUUACAGAUAAACUAAUGUAGGAAUGUCUACUGUUGAAUCAAUUUAUGGGGAAUUGUAAUGCAUUUGAUUACAGUGUAUAUACUGAAUGGUCAAUUGGUUUUGUUUCAUUGCUAUUUUAUUGAUUGAUUUGUUUCAUUCUGUUAGUAUGGACUUGUUUACUGUUUCAGAGAAAUGUUUCCAGCCAUGUGUUGUUAAUUUUCUACUCUGAAGACGGCGAAUGGCGUCUGGGAGACACACGUUCAGUUAAUCCUUCUGUAAACGGUCGCGAUGCAAGUAUGAAGCUGCAGUACAGCAUCAGUGUCAAGUACAGUAUGUCCUGGGCAUCCCUUGUCUCUGCUGUUGCACAAUCACUCUCUUAACACUUCUAAAAAAAAAAUCUAAAAACGGGCACAGAGAAUGUAAACACAACUUAGAAAGAGAAUGUAAUCUUUUCAAAGGACGAAUUAUUUGCCAAACCGCUUGUUUACAUCGAGUCAUUCACAUAUUUCAAGCACAGGCUGCACAGCUGCAGCUCCUCUCCAAAUCCAGGCUUCAGAGAAUGUAAGCUUGCAUGCCUUUUGCACCUCCAGCUCCACCCAGGUGUCC